AUGAAAGAUACUUCUUCCCAAGCGCAGAAUACCACCAACACAUCUAGACAUGCCUCCAUUGUGGAGAUGCUAUCUACGCCCCCAGCUAUGCCGCAACAGCCGUCAACACCUUUGGAGUUUGAAUCAAUCUCUUUAUCGCGCAACGCAAGCGCCUCGUCGCUAGACUCGCAAAUGAGCUCUACCACUUCUUGUCUAACCAAAGUGCACUCUCAAAAGUGGCAGCAUAUCCCACUUUCCCAACUCAUAGAGCAGAACAAGCUUGUAACGGUGGAGGCGUCCCUAUCCGUGGAAGAAGCCUUCAACACACUUGUUCGCCAUAAUCUGACGUCUCUGCCCGUAGAGCAAUUUCCCGGGGACAUCAACUGCUUUACCUUCGACUACAAUGAUCUGAACUCGUACUUGUUGCUGGUCCUCAACAAGAUUCAAGUCAACGACCCAGAGAUCGCGCGCGACUGUCAAAUGGGCAAACCCGUUCCGGUCGGCGAGAUUGUCAAAUUGACUCCAAAGAACCAAUUUCAUAAGCUGCGCGAAAUUGACAACCUCACAACUGCCAUGGGAAUCCUCGGGUCUGGAGUACACCGCGUGGCAAUUACAGACUCUGGCUCGACGCAGAUAAAGGGUAUUUUGUCACAGAGGCGGCUCAUCAAGUACUUGUGGGACAAUGCACGUCAAUUUAGCAACCUGCAGCCUCUACUUAACUCCAGCUUACAAGAUCUGGGGAUUGGGGUACUCGACUCGCAAACUGCACCCACCAGUCGGCAGUCCAGAGUUAUUUCCAUGCAGGGCGAAGAACACCUCAUGAUGGCCCUUUACAAAAUGCACACGGAACGCAUAUCUUCCAUAGCUGUGGUGGACAACCAUGGAAACCUUCUCGGUAAUAUUAGCGUCACUGAUGUCAGGCACGUUACCAGAACUUCGCAAUACCCACUACUGCAUAAUACGUGCCGUCACUUCAUCUCGGUAAUUCUCAACUCAAGAGGUUUGGAGAUGGGCAAAGAUUCCUUCCCUAUCUUCCACGUAUAUCCUUCUAGUUCACUCGCAAGAACUUUGGCCAAGCUCGUCGCUACGAAAGCUCACAGAUUGUGGAUUGUACAACCGGAGAAUUCUGCUACUUCGACAUCCUCAUCCUCGAUGAUAUCAGGCUCUCCACAGUCUGUAUCAAUGAAUACUCACAAUAGCGGCAGUGAUCAUGAUACUCCCAACAGAGCGGGGUCUCCAAUAAGUGUGAAAAGUUUCGAAGAAAAUUCUUCCCAAACAGCUACACCUCUAUUCGAGAAAGAAUACCGUACUGGUAAGUUGAUAGGAGUUGUGUCGUUAACGGAUAUUUUGGGUCUUUUGGCAAGAAGACAAACAGAACACAAGCAAGUGGACCCACAGUCUGCCAGAAGACAAAGAGGCAGUGUAGGUGUAUAG